UGGGGUUUUAGGACGGCAGAAAAGGGAACAAUAAACAAGGGCGGCCCGAUAGGAUGGAGAAUGAUAGGAUAAGAGAGGACCAAUGGGACCAGGGAGGCGUGAUUCCGCAACUUGUAAACUGUAUAAGAAUGCUUAACAUGCUUUGUAGUGUGUGCCUGUAUAGCAGACACCCGUUCUUGCAAGAUUGUACAGAAUAAAAUUGUCUUGUUUCCAAGGCUUUGUCUCAGGCAGAGUUUGUGAGCGGGUACUGUUUCUCACAAUUGGGGGCUCGUCCGAGAUCCGACACUCCGACUGCUCAACACUCUUGGGACGAUGGGGAAGGUGCGCCUCGCCGAUUUUGGCGAUCUCCAACUCCUUUAUUUGUUGCUUGCGGUUUGGGCGAGUGUGAUCCGGACUUGGAGACCCUGGAAACAAGGCGGGUAGACGCGGCGGGUCCGGUCGGGUAACUCUUGUGCACAAGACCCGGGUCAGGAAAGGUCUUUAAAGAUCUGUCUGGGCGACCGGGGGAGCAGCGGUAUUUGCUGCAGGUAUUGCCGCGGGGACGUACAGGAAGUACUGGAAAAAGUUGGAACGACUAAGUAACUCCGUGCACGGACCAAGGAAGAAGGGUCUGUUGACCCAGACACAUCCACUAGAGUUCGCAGUACAUCGGAUAUGACCGAGUGAUUGGGUCCUGAUCAAAACCUGGAAAGAUACCAAACUGCACCCAAGCUGGGAGGGACCGUUCCGAACCGUCCUGACUACUGAAACAGCCGUCCGAACUGCUGAAAAAGGGUGGAGUCAUCACACCCGUGUUAAGGGUCCGGUGGACGCUCCUUCCCCUCCGGCAGAGUGGCAAGCUCAUCCUACAGACAACCCUCUGAAAGUCAAGCUGAGCAAAAAGAAUGAACUGAACUGAUAUGAGAGACUAUCAAGUAUUGGUUAGAAAUUUUGUAUUGUAAGCGUUGUUACGCCUCCCGGGUAUUUAAAAGGGUUAGGGAAUAGACAGAUAGGGGUUGGGAAGCUGAAAUGAGCAGUCAGCUUUAUAUUGUCACGAUAAUAUUGGCGCUAGUUGCCAAGGUGGGUGGGAAAAAUCAUUUUACCGCUUUAUGUCAGAAUUAUGCUAGAGAAACGGGGCGUACUGACUGUUGGGUAUGUGCUGCGAUCCCACACAAUGGAGAAUCUGGAAUCCCUCUCACGGUAGUACCAUUUACCAAUAGAGAGGUGUACGAUGUACAACAAUUUGACUCGGGCUCAAAUAAUACAAAAAUGGAGAUCUGACAGGGGUAAUUAUAACUGCGCGGGAUGGUUCCCACGACCAGCCCCGAAAACCCCGGGCGCUAUUGAUGGCCUUAGGGUUUCCCCACCGAAGGGAGCAGUCAAUACCACUUGUUUCUGUAAUCAGAAUGACAGCUCACCCUUCCAGUUAGGAAACUUAUUUUGUGUCUCCACCAGCCAAGCUACUGGCACAAACAUACCCCGAAUAUUGAACGGAACAUAUUGGAUAUGUGGCCUAAAGGCCUAUCCCUUUAUCCCUGGGGAAAAGUACAUUCGGGUAACCGAAUGCAUAGGAAGCAUAGAAAUGCAUGAAUGUUAUGAUUUAAGUUAUGAUUUUGAUCAAACACUGCCUCAAAGCCAGAAAGGCUGGGGUGGCUGCUGCUACCUCGCCUACCUAAUUCCCCAUUUGAGGCUGUUAGAUAAAACCCCAGAAAUAACUCAGAAUGAUCAGGGAGGGAAGUGUACACCCCAAAAAGUAACCGAAGGGGAUCGCUUCCUCUGGACUUUGAUACCUAUAUAUGGGACUGCCCGAGCAGGAAGAGAAGUACAAAAGUUGGCGGCUUCCCUGGAGGAGUUGGCCAACAAUACUGCCGAGGCGUUGGCCGAGACCCAAUCCCAAGUGGCAGCCAUAACGACCAAAAUGAUUGCCACCAGGCUACCGACUCUUCAGAAUAGGAUGGCUUUAGAUUAUAUUCUGGCAGAGAAAGGUGGUACCUGUGCACUAAUUGGGGAAGAGUGUUGUACAUACAUACCUGACGUUUCCCAUAACAUUACUGAUAUCUCCCAACACGUGCCAGACAAAAUCGCCAAGAUAAGGGAGGCCGGUAACUGAUACCGGAAUGAAAAAGGCUGGGAAUGGGGGAAUUGGGGAUGAACUGGUUGGGGAAGAUGGUUGGUUAAUUUGGCCAUCUAUGCAUUAUUGAUAUUAGUGGGUCUGGUGGUGGGGUUUAAUGUCCUCAAAUGGAUACUGAACCGAUUAAUGACAUCUCUAGGGGAAUGAGCUCAAGUACAUCACCAGAUGCUUUUACAAUCAGCAGAUAGUAUGCAACAAAGAGAAAGUCAAAGAAUGUUACUAGAAUUCGAAAAACGAACAUCACAAAGGAUGAUUUAAGGGCUUACCGUGUACAAGAUUGUGAGCCUCAACACCAGCAAGCGUAAGAGGGCAGGAAAUGGGAAAAUGAAUUAGAAAAAGGGCUUAAUUAGUGCAGAAACAACAGUUUGAGAAAAAGAAAAAAGGGGAAUUAUGAGAGAUUAGAAAUGUUGUUUCUGCAGAUAAUGAUGAAUGGUGGGGUCUUGCAAAAGAGGGCCAUUACAUAAAUAGUCACAAGAUUUUGUAGCAGAAGUUUAUUAUUAACCAGAGAUUAGGUUCUGCAAAAGCGGCAGUUAGCACCACCACCUGCAUAACUUCUCCUUUCCAGUCUAACCAAAUAAGGAAAGAAUAAAUAAGGUGAUGGGGUUUUAGGCCGGCAGAAAAGGGAACAAUAAACAAGGGCGGCCCGAUAGGAUGGAGAAUGAUAGGAUAAGAGAGGACCAAUGGGACCAGGGAGGCGUGAUUCCGCAACUUGUAAACUGUAUAAGAAUGCUUAACAUGCUUCGUAGUGUGUGCCUGCAUAGCAGAAACCCGUUCUUGCAAGAUCGUACCGAAU